GUUGCUGCUGCCGCUGCUGCGUGCGCUCCGUUUCGUUUCUCUCUCCGACGGUCGACGAUGAAAAAUAUGGCGGCGCUCAUCAGGCAUGCCUCGUACGGGAUUCCGUUCAAAAGUACGUCCGCUCUAUUUGCGGUCACUACGACGACAAACGCACGUCGCGGCGUUGCGCGCUUCGCGAGCAAGCUGAGUUCCGCUAACGAUGCCUUCAAGCAGAAUCCGAAGUUGGAAGCUACCAGGAAGUCUCUUUCCGCGAAAGGAUUUCUUCGACCGAUAAAGCCAUAUGAUCCACCUUCCGACGUAAACGAGCGGAUUGACAAAAUCUGUGCGAGCCAACAAAUCUCGACGGGCGACGAGGCGAAGCUCGAGGGCGGUCUUUCGCGCUUUAAAAUCUUUGCAGCCUGUGCGGAAGAGUUCAAGCAUUCCGUGCCAAAUUCGUUGCUUUGCAUAAUCGAAACGGUCGGAGACUUAAAAGAAUUUUAUCAUACUCCGGUGGACACUGCUACACCACUCGAAACAUUACGAAGGAUGCAGCUUCCGAAGAACUUACAUGUACAAUAUGAAUAUCAUCGUUUCCAUCCUGAUACAGACACGAUGUUUGGUGGCAAGACGGCUUUUCCGCUCAGCUCGACUCUCGUCACUGGUUUGAAAUACAAGAAGAAAUACAAAGGUUUCAAGCUGGAGGAUCCAUUUUAUCAGGAAUAUAAACGACUCAAAUAAAAUUCUACCUUUGCAUUUCGAAGAAUACUUGUAUUAUUUCCUAUCGAAUUCUUAUCAAAAAACGGAUUGCUUGUAAUAUAUGAAAAAAAUAAAACACGUGAAACUUUUUAAUAUACACACACACACACACACACACACACACAUAUUUUUUUUCUUUGUUAUAAGCGUAUAAGAAUAUUUUCAUGAUAAGAAUUAUUUAUUAAUGUUAUAUCGUUGUAUUAUUGUAAGAUUUGAUUAUGUGGAAGAAACAGAAGGGUGUUCGCUAUAUUUCUAUCAAUAGAAAGUGUAAAUUUUAUUUUAUACUUAAAUGUUAAUAAAAGUAUAAAUAUGUAUUUGA